CCUUCGGAGGCUCGUGCUGGUGGAUGACAGCUGUAAACAAGCUCCAUUGAAGCUCGCGCACUUCGAGGAACACCGACCGCGAAAGAGGAAAAGGAAGAGGAGCUCAAAAUGGUGAAGUGUCGUGCCGUGGCCCAGUGUGGGCUGUUUCUGCUGAGCGUGUGGCUGUGUAUCCAGUCGGUGCCGAUCGGUGUGGACAAGACCAAAGAAGAGCCCCCAAAAGAGGAGCUGAUGCCACCGGAUAGUGGCGAGACCGGGCUGCACUACGACCGCUACCUCAGGGAAGUCAUCGAGUACCUGGAGAAAGACGCUCACUUCAAACAGAAGCUCAAAAAUACCAGCAUGGCUGACAUCAAGAAGGGCAGACUUUCCAAAGAGCUGGACUUUGUCCACCACAACCUACGGACCAAGCUGGACGAGCUGAAGCGGGAGGAGAUGGGCCGGCUGCGGAUGCUCAUCAAAGCCAAACAUGACAUCCAGGAGGGGAAUGGCCGGACGGUGGACUACCAGGCCCUGCUGAAGCAGUUCGAGCACCUCAGCCACCAGAACCCCAGCACCUUUGAGGUGGAGGACCUGAACAGCCUCAUCCAAUCGGCGACCAAAGACCUGGAGAAUUUCGACAAGGUCCGUCACGACGAUUUCAAGAGCUACGAGAUGAUGAAGGAGCACGAGAGGAAGGAACGCAUGAGCGCCCUGAACGAGGAGCAGCGCCUGGCGGAGGAGCAGCGCCACGAGGAGAUGAAGAAGAAACACGCCGAACACCCCAAAGUGAACCACCCUGGCAGCGAAGACCAGCUGAAGGAGGUGUGGCAAGAGACGGACGGUAUGGACCCCGACCAGUUUGACCCCAAGACCUUCUUCAGAAUGCACGACAGCAAUGGAGAUGGCUACCUCGACGAAAACGAGCUCGAAGCUCUCUUCACUAAAGAGCUGGAGAAGGUGUACAACCCCGAAAACGAAGAAGACGACAUGUUGGAGAUGGAGGAAGAGCGGCUGCGAAUGAGACAGCACGUCAUGAGCGAGGUGGACACCAACACGGACAGACUGGUGUCGCUGGGCGAGUUCAUCGCUGCCACUCAGAAUCAGGAGUUCUUGGAAAAAGACGAGUGGGAGACUCUGGACCAUAAACCCGCUUACACCGACGAGGAGCUGAGGGAGUACGAAAGCCACCUGGCCAACGAGGGGAAUGACAUCAACAGGAAGUCGGAGGAGCUGCAGAGACAGAGGCAGGAGCUGGAGAGGCAGCAGCAGGAACUCAACGCUCAGAAGAUCGGGCUGCAGCAGGCGGUAGAAGAAAUGGAAAAGAUCAAAUCCACGGGCCAGGGGCCGGGCGCCGCUGUCCCCGCCGCAGGUCAACCACCGGCCACCGGUCAACAGCUGCAUGACGUGCCGGUGCCGAUGACGGGAAACUCUUAGCGGACCCUCGGUGCUCCGUGUGAAUGUCGGCGUGUGCGUGUUUUUGACUUGUAAUGAUUCCCAAUUUCACAUCUUUUCAUUCAGGAUUGUUUUUGAAACGCUACUUGACAAAAACAAAAAAAAGACUCAAUAUUUAAAAAAAGGCACAUAUGAGAACAAUCAGAUUUCCCCAAAAUGUGGAGGCGGUCCAGGGUUCUUUUUUAUAAACAAUCAACUCUUUUUUGUUUUUGUUUUUUUUGGCCUCUCAUCACAGCAAGGACUCGGGGGUGAAACCGUGGGGGGGGGGGGGGGGGUGUUGGCCUGCAAAGUGAAUGUUUUGUUUAGUGCACACUGUAGUUCAUUGUCACUGAUAUUGUCUUAGAGCAAUAUGUAUUUCAUCCAAUAAACUGAGCUGAAUGUUUCAUAACUAUGAUGCUGGCCCCCUGGUGGCCAAAGGAUGAAAUGGUCAGAUUAACAUUUUUAUUUUUCCUCUAGAAAACAUUCUGGAUCCAUGAAAUGUUCUUUCUUUCAUAACAUUUCACGUGAUCAAGGACUGUACAUGCGUGUUGGUUUAAAACAUGCUACAUGUUACACACAGUUAUCCCUCCAGUCAUCCUUAUUUAAUUUUUAGUUCUGAAAGAAUUCCCACUGAACUUUUUUCUUUUUUUUGGUGGUUUACACAUUUUAUACUUCUAUAUCUUUAAGAUAAAAAUGAUUGAAUAACAUCACGUUUACAGAUAAAGUUACAUAAUUAUAUAUUUAAAGAAGCUGUGUGUAUUAUAAUUGUGUUGGUGACACCAGGUUGGCUGUAUGUAUGCAGAGAGCUUGUGUCUCAUAAUAUAAUCAUUUCUUUUAAUUUAUAUUUAUUUUCUACACCACUGUAAAUCGAGACGGGGGAAAAUUAAACGCCAACUUUAAAAAACGUGAUUGUGAUUAUAUACAGUAUAUUAAUAAAAACACAUCAGCGGCUGAAGUUCCUUUUCCUGUGUGAGUAACUCAUGGAGCUGUUGUACAAGGUCUGAAUGGACAAUUAAAUGAAUGAACUUGCAAA